CGUCAGGGUAGCCCCAGGGCGGUGGACGAGGAGGGGGACCAGUGGGAGCAGAGGUGCCCAGGACCAUGGCUGAGGCCAUCACCUAUGCAGACCUGCGGUUUGUGAAGGCUCCCCUGAAGAAGAGCAACUCCAGCCGGCUAGGACAUGACCCAGAGACUGAUGAAGAUGGUGAACUCACCUAUGAGAAUGUGCCUCCAGGCACAGGAGGACCCUCAAGCUUGGCCUCCUCUGGAUUUCGGGAUAAAGCAGGGGCCCAGUCGGAGCAGCCAACAGCUGCCUGGAGCCCCGUGACGUCACCAGCUGCCGGGCGGAUUCUCUGGUGCCAUGCAGCCUGCAUGCGGUACCUGGUUCUGGGCCUGCUCCUCACCUGCCUGCUGUGCGGGGUGGCUGCCACCUGCCUGGGAGUGCGCUAUCUGCAGGUGUCUCGGCAGCUCCAGCAAAUGAACAGGGUUCUGGAAGCCACCAACAGCAGCCUGAGGCAGCAGCUGAGCCAGAAGAUAACCCAGCUGGGGCAGAGGGAAGAGGAUUUGCAGGGAUCCAGGAGGAAGCUGGCCCAGAGUCAGGAAACACUACAGGUGGAACAGAAGGCUGGCCAGGCUACCAGACAGCAGUUGCAGGCCUGCCAGUCUGACGGAGAGAAGACGAAAGAGGCCUUGAGAAAUAAGGAGACAGAGAGGAUGAACUUGGAGCAGAGGCUGAACAGUAUGCGGGAAAGACUACAGCCCUUCUUCAAGUGCUCCUCCCCAGAUUCCUGCUGUCCCUUGGGAUGGAUACAGAAUGAGAGGAGUUGCUUUUACAUCUCAGUUACUAAGAGAAAUUGGAUGGAAAGCCAAAGCCACUGUAAAUCUCUGUCUUCUGAUUUGGCCAAAAUCAACGACAGUUUUCAUCCAUAUGCAAUUUCUCAGAUUUAUAUCAGAAACUUACGGAAGGUGGUGCCACAAGGUGAAUACUGGGUUGCCCACAGAAAUCCGUCCUGGCAGCCUGAUCGUACAAAACAGAGUUGGUAUGCCAGUCCAAAAUGUCCCAUGCUAGAAAUCAAGUGGACGAAUCUGGACCUGAAGACAGAUUCACCCUGUCACCUUCCUCUUCUCUCCAUCUGUGAGAUGUCAGCUUUCAGGUCUCCAGACAGGGACCACUCUUUGCACUGAGCUGGGUUCUCAACAACAGGAGCCUGUGCCCUUCAGCCCUAACCUGUAGCCUGUGGGUCCUAAGAACUGCCUUCCUCCAGUGUGUCUUCACUCUGCCCAGACAGGGCCCCGCCAAGGGCUGACCCAGGCCCAGCAUCUCUAGGCAAGCCUGCUGGAGAUCCUGUCCCAGAAACUGGACUGUUCCCAGGGAAUGGGGAAGAAGCUUCUAGAAGAGAUUUCGCCCCCCCGCCGCCCCAAAACCUCUCAUAGUAGAAUGGGUGGGGAGGGCGCACGGGCUGAGCGGAUGGGGCAGCCCGGAGCCAGCCAGGCAGUUUUAUUGAAAUAUUUUUAAAUAA